GCGAACUCUGACGAGUAAAGACGACAACAGACGAUAGUGACGACGCUUAUUACUAACGCGCACUUUGUAGAAUUGUAGUCGGCCAUUUCCGAUUGGACUGUGUUAUAGUGUGGUAUAUCUUGUGCUGUUUAUAUUAUUCAAUUUAUAAAUCUAUUAACUACUGGUAAAAUGGAAAAUCAGGCGGCCCCUGUAAAAGUAGAGUCUUCAACAAACGAUGAUUCUGUCCCAGAAGUCCAAGAAAAGAACUUCAACCGUGAUCGCCAUGGAGGAGGUGGUGGCGGUCCCGGCGAAAGAUUUGGACGUGGUGGAAGAUUUGGAGGACAGAGAGGAGGUGGCGGGAAUAGAGGAGGACAAGGGGGUGGAAAUAGAGGAAAUUAUGAAAACAGGCGAGGUCGUGGGGGUGGAUUUGGGGGAAGGAUGAAGUAUGAGAACAACCAGGAUGGUCAAGAUGUUGAUGGUGGAAAUGAUGAUGGUCGAGACGGAGAUAACAUGAGAGAUGGUGGUAGAGGAGGACGAGGUGGAAGAGGUGAUAUGGGAGGCCGUGGUCGAUUUGGAAUGAGAGGCCCUGAUGACAAAUUCCUUGAACGUAUGCAGCAGUUGUCAGGUCCAACCUUUGACAUACCAAUAAUUGAUAUGGCUGAAAAGAAAUUCAAUGGCAGAAACAGAUUAUAUGUUGGGAAUAUCGGGUCAGAAGUUAGUGAGGAAGAUCUCACAGAAUUGUUCAAGCCAUAUGGAGAAACUUCGGAAAUAUUUGUGAACAAAGAUAAAAACUUUGGGUUCAUAAAGCUCGACUACCACAGUAAUGCUGAGAAAGCUAAGAGAGAGUUGGAUGGAACAGUCUUGAAGUCUAGGAAUUUGAAGAUCAGAUUUGCCCCAAGUUCAGCUACCAUCAAAGUGAAAAAUCUCACUCCUUUCGUUUCCAAUGAGCUUCUGCAUUAUGCUUUUUCAGUUUUUGGAGAAAUUGAACGAGCCAUUGUAUGUGUUGAUGAUAGAGGAAAACCUACAGGAGAAGCUAUUGUAGAUUUUGCUCGUAAAGGUUCUGCAUUGAAUGCUAUUAGGAAGUGUUCAGAAGGAUGCUAUUUCCUUACUGGGUCUUUGCGACCAUGCAUUGUGGAAGCAUUUGAAAUAGUUGAUGAUAUUGAUGGUUACCCAGACAAAAAUAUUCCCAAAAAGAACAUGGACUAUCAUAAAGAAAGAGAACAGGGUCCGAGAUUUGCAAAUCCUGGUUCAUUUGAAAAUGAAUAUGGAACCCGCUGGAAGCAGCUAUAUGAUCUUCAUGCACAGAAAGAAGAGGCUCUCAAGAAAGAGCUGGAGUUGGAGAGGGAAAAAUUGGAGGCUCAAAUGGAAUAUGCGAAGUACGAACAUGAAACUGAGGUAUUGAGAGAUCAGCUGAGAGCUCGUGAGAUGGAUAAAGAGAGGCAGAAGCGAGAAUGGGAAAUGAAACAGAGACAGGUUGAAGAAGAGCGACUCAGGACCGAAGAACUGAUGAGGCGGACACAGGAGGAGAUGGAGUCACGUAUUCUGCAGCAACAGGAAGAUAUGAAGAGGCGUCAGCAGGAAAAUAGCCUCUUCAUGCAAGCUCAUAAUUUGGACUCUAUGCUUGAUCAGCAAGAGCAAGCUUAUGAUCAACCUACUAGUUACAGUCACACCAGUUUAGAAGACAAUGGCCCAAUGGACCCAAAAACUUUCAUGAGCUCUUACGAGCGAGGCAGUAGAUUUGAAGGACGUGAGAACACACGAGGCGAUACUGGCAGCAUUGGCAGCAACCGAGGUCACUGGGUCAACGAUAGCCGCCGAGAGGAAAGGAACAUGAUUAUCAAUAUGUCAGGUAUUAUUUGA